GGUCUGUGGGCCUCUUGUUAUUUUUAUCUCGGGCUAUAUCACACAGGUUCAAAGUCUAGUCCUACACAGUUCAGUUCAGUCCUUACGAGCUGGGUAGCAGUAGUGUAUGUAGCAGUAGGCUAUACAGGGAGAAGGAUAAUAUUGGAAGGGAAGAUGACGGAGAGGCUGAAAACAAUAUUUGGGCACUUGGACUCCGCCUCUUCAAUAACCCAUAUUCCAACCUUAUCUGCCAGCGGAGUUGCUCCAAAUGUCAACUCUACGUUUCGCUACACACUAGACAAUCCGAUUUUGUCACAUGAACAGAGACAAUUCUACGAAGACAAUGGGUACCUGGUCAUCAGAAAUUUGGUGUCCAAGGAGAAACUGGAUGUGUACAGGGACCAAUUUGAGAAGAUAUGUAAAAAGGAAGUUGAAGCAUCUUUGGGCAUGACCGUUAUGAAAGAUGUGGCCAUUGCACGGUCUGAGUUUGUUCCAGGACAGCAGGCCAUCACAAAAAUCCAACACUUUGAAAGAGAUGAAGUAUUGUUUGGUUAUUGUGCUCUACCAGAGAUAGUUCGAUAUGUUCAGGCUUUCACAGGAUCAGGAAAAACUGUCAAAGCCAUGCACACCAUGCUUAUCAACAAACCACCUGAUCCAGGCAAAAAGAGUUCCAGACACCCUCUGCAUCAGGACCUGCAUUACUUCCCUUUCAGGCCUGCAGACAGGAUUGUCUGCUCUUGGACAGCCAUGGAGAAGGUGAACCGGGAGAAUGGAUGUCUGGUUGUGUUACCUGGUUCUCACAAAGGGGAGCUACUCCAGCAUGAAUAUCCAGAGUGGGAGGGAGGUGUUAACAAAUUGUACCAUGGAAUCCGAGAUUUUGAUCCGAACGCUCCGAGAGUCCAUCUUCCCAUGGAAACGGGGGACACAGUCUUUUUCCACCCUUUGUUGAUCCAUGGAUCUGGAAUGAACAAGACUAAAGGUUUCAGGAAGUCCAUUUCGUGCCACUAUUCUUCUGGAGAUAUCAACUUCAUUGAUAUCAAAGGCACCAUUCAAGACAGUUUGGAGAAAGAGACCAUUGAAAUAGCCGCAAAAAAGUUGAUUGCAAAAGGCAUUGACCCUAAACAAGUGUCAUUGAAGGAACUUUGGAAGUUAAAAUGUCGAGAUGUGAUUUUGCCACAACAGUGAAAACUCGGAAGACAGCAGAACAAAUGACUUCACUUGUGAUUUACGAAAGAAAAAAAUAUCAAGGACAGGACAGAGUGGAAUUUUCAAGAAAUAAUAUACAGUGUAUCUACUAGUUUUAAAACAUCAAUGUUACAGAUACCAUAUAUGAUUUGAAACAGAAUUCAAUUUAUUAAUAGUAACCAGGAAAAUGUGAUACCUGGGUGAUUUUACAAUAUGUUAUGUAUUUUCAGUUGCGUAAACAUAUAUUUCCUUACCAAAUUGCUGCAUUGUUGAGUUGUGCUGUGCUUAAAAAAAUGGGUUCAUCAAACUCUUCAUCGUGAAGACAAGAUUUACUUGAUAGCUACACUUUGUUUCAUGGACAACUGAUGCACAGUAAAUUGAGAGAGAAUUUUAUAAUUAUGGCCUAUAAACUACAAAUGUUUUAAAUGUAAGAAAACCUUUGUUACAGAAUGAAAUGUGUGUUGAUGUACAUCAUUGCAUAAAAUCAACAUGUAAAUGUGGAUCAGAAUGUACAUGCAUAUAGGCCUCACUAAUUUAAAUGUUCAGAUGCGAUUCCCAAGAAAGCGUAUUAGAUCAGCCUAGAGUUCAUCCAUAUGACCACCUUCAAAUGUGUACAGGGUCCAUAAAUCUUUGAAAUUAGGAGUACAGUGUAUGUUCAGGUUUUGCUUUGAACAUAUUUUAAAAGGAUUGGGAACAUUCUGACAACUUACAAGUCCCUCUUCUAAAAUAUUACAAUAGUCAUGCAAGAUAAUAUAUUAACAGGCAAAAUGUACAAUAUGUUCAGGUGUUACAUACAUGUAUUAAAAAUAUUGUACCAGUUGUUAUGCAAUUUUGAUUGCUUUUGUUUAUUGAUUUGUUUCCAAUAAAAGCUGCUUCCAUUGGAAGGUUCA